UGCUAGCGACAUAAACAAAUCAAAAGUUGAAAAUAAUAACAACUUAUUUUAUUUAUAAUAUUAUUAUUAUUAUUAUUAUAUAAAACGUUUAUUGGUUGAUAUUAAUAUUCUAUUAGUUUUCUAUACUAUUUACGUUUUUUCUCAUUUUGUUUGCAAUUUAGAGAUUGUUCGACCAUGGUUCGACCAUUGGAUAAAGCAUGUUUACAUACUUAAACAUAACCUCAAUUUAAGAGUUUUUAGAAAAUUGACAGAAAAUCAAGAAAAUAAUAACAGAAAAGAUUAUUAAUAAGGAAAUAUUCAAGAAUAACUAAGGGAUUAUUAUUGCCAUCACUAUAAGUAAUUGUUUUUAAAGGAAACAGGAGAUUAAUUCUAAAAUUAUAUAUAGUUAACAAAAUUAACAAGGACGAAGUGAUCAAUUGUUUAUGAAAAUAAACAAACGUUUUUAGAAUUAACAGGACUUCAGGUUUUUUCUGAGUCUUUGAAUCAAUAAAAAAAACAAAAUGAGUAAUAUUUAUAUUCAAGAACCACCCACUACGGGAAAAGUGAUGAUGAAGACUUCGAUUGGCGACAUUGACAUUGAAUUGUGGACAAAAGAAGCGCCAAAAGCGUGUCGAAAUUUUAUUAAAUUGUGCUACGAUAAUUACUAUAAUAAUACAAUUUUUCAUCGAAUUGUAAAAGAUUUUAUUGUCCAAGGUGGCGAUCCAUUAGGAACCGGAGAAGGAGGUGAAAGUAUUUAUGGACGUCCUUUUAAGGAUGAAUUUCACUCGAGAUUACGAUUUUGCCGUCGUGGUUUGGUUGCAAUGGCGAAUGCAGGAAAGGACGAUAAUGGAUCACAAUUUUUUUUCACUCUUUCCGCAACACCUGAAUUGCAAAAUAAACACACAAUUUUCGGUAAAGUCACAGGAGAGACUUUAUAUAAUGUUCUAAAAUUCGAGGAAUGUCUCAUUGAUAAAGAUGACAGGCCAGUUUAUCCUCCGAAAAUUUUGAAAACACAAGUUUUGACUAAUCCGUUUGAAGAUAUUGUGCCAAGUGAGACGACGAAGGAAAUUGACGAGGAGAAAGAGAGGGAGAAGGAGAAGAGGAAAAAGAAGAAGAAAGGAGUGAAGGAUUUUAAGCUUCUUUCAUUUGGCGAGGAAGCCGAGGAGGAUGAGGAGGAAUUUAAGGAAUUGAACAAGAAAUUCAGUGGGAAAAGUAAAUCGGCUCAUGACGUUUUGGAUGAUCCAAAACUAAGUUCAGAACCGGCUUUAGAACAAGCAAGUUCCUCAAGUAAAAAGCGAAAAAAUAGUGACAGCGACGAUGAAAGCAAUGAAGAAACGCCCGAAGAUCUUCAAAAACGACGGGAAAUGAGUGAGAGAGUAAUAGAAAAAUUAAAAAGCGGGAAAAAAGCGACCAGUUCGAAAAAAAUAAAAUCUGUCGACGAGGAAGAAAAUGAAGAAGAGGACGACGAAGAUAAAUAUUAUUUGGGAAAAGAUCACGCUGAUGAAAGAAAACGAAUGGCCGAAUCGAUAAAAAAGGAAAUUCGUGAUCUCAAACGUGGAAUUCAGAAGACAAAGAAGAGUGAGGAGGAAGCUGCGAAAAAAGAGAAGGAGGCUGCCGAGAGGGAGAAAGAAAUAAAUAGUGAAAAAGAGGAACGCGAGGAGAUAAAAAAGAAAUUAAGGGAGCAACAAAAGAAGAAUAAAGCGGAGAGAAAUGACGAUUUCAUAAUGCAAAAAUUGAAUAAAUUUCGAAACAAAAUACACGCGAUGAAAGAGCAAUGUGGCGUGGAUUCAGAAAAAUCGGAGGCAAAGCCAACAAAUGACAAUGACGACGAAGUGAUUGAUGAAACAAUUUUAGCACAUUCGCUUCAUUGCGAGGACAAAAAUCCCGUCUUGGCGAGAGACGCAAAUUUAAAAGACGACGAUUGGUUUGAAAUUUAUGAUCCAAGGAAUCCGAUUAAUAAACGACGACGAGGGGAAACAACGAGGAAGGGCGAGAACAGUGAUCGCGGCAAAAAUCGACCGCCACGAACAUAAAAGGUUGUACCUGCGACAAUGGAAUGGAAAAUGAGACCCGGAGCAGGUGUAAAACGUCGCACGUGAACGUAACUGAGACAAUCGAGUAAAUGCCCUUUUCGUGAUGCUGCAAAACAGAGUCGUCCGGCAGCAAAUAAUGUUCCAUUUGCCGAUCCAAACGUGCUCACUGCUACCGAGAGUGGCAUUAGCCACGCCAUAACACCGAGAAUUCGAUUUCCAAAUGUCUGAUGAGAAAGAAAAAUUAUUUUAUCAGUCAAUAGAACAAAUGAGAGAGAGAGUGAGUGAGAAAGAGAAAAACUAAUAAUAAAUUUCAUCAAUUGUAAGUGACAA